GCGCGCAGGAGGAGCAUGCGGCCCCGCGAGCAGGCCCUCAGCGCGUAUUGGGCCCUCGGGACGGCGGCCUCGGGACCCCCGCUCAAGCCCGACAAGGAAGGGGUGGCGUCGCCCCUGGGGGAGGCUGGGUCGGCGCUCUCCGUCUCCGCCACACCAACUCCGGGGGGCGGGGACGAGGCGGAGGCCCUCGGGUCACCGGCAGCAGGGGCGGACGUCGAAGCAAAGGCCUUGUCCGUCGCUACUACGCCCGUCACAAACGCCGUGACGCCCACGGUCACCGCUCCUCCCGUGGCCGCCCCGCCCGUGGUGGACUCGUCGUCCCCCUCCAGGCUGUCGGAGGUCCCCACGGCCCCGCCCCCGCAGCUGCACUUCCACGAGGAGGCCGAGCAGAAGAAGGACGGCUCCGCUGAGAAGUCCGACGAGGAUGCCAGCUUUGUACUCUCUGCUCUUGUGGCAGCAGUGGAGGAGGGGAACUUGCCUGGCCUGGAAGAGCUGUUCAACAUGGCGCAAAACAUAGAUGUCAACAUGGCCAACAAGCAUGGUGAAAGUGCAAUCCAUCUAGCAUGUGGCCUGGGGCAGUUAGAAGCAGUGCAGUUCCUUGUCAAGAAAGGUGGUGAUUUGAAUGCCACUGAUGCCCAAGGUGACACCCCUCUACACUGGGCUGCUCGACAAGGCCACGCACAAGUCAUUGCAUAUCUCAUUGAACAAGGAUCACAAAUAAAUGCACAAAACAAAAACGGAGAGUCGUGCCUCCAUGUGGCAUGCCGUUAUGGUCACACUGUUGUCGUUCAAAACCUGUGCCUUUGUAAUAUGAAUAUUGAUUUGCAGGAUGAACAUGGGGAGACAGCGCUACACAUCGCAGUUUGGCACGGCUUCCCACGCAUUGUCCACCACCUGUGCUCAGCAGCAGCUAAUACGGGACUCACAGAUAAGGAAAAUCAGACACCCCUCCAUGUGGCCAGCGGGCGGGGUCAUGUAGAAUGUGUGCGAGGAUUGGUAGGUGCCGGUGCCUGUGUUGAUUGUCAGGAUGCCCACGGUGCAACGCCUCUGCACCAUUCCCUUGCGCGACACCAUACUCAGGCUGCUAUGAUUCUUCUCCAUGCUGGUGCAAAUACUGAUAUAACUGAUGAUCUGGGAGAGACCCCGAUUCACAUCGUGGCGAGGGAAGGUCUCCUUGCUCUGGCUCAGACUUUGUGUGCCUUUGGCUGUAGUGUUGACGUUUCAAACAAAGCUGGCCUGUAUCCCCUUCACCUUGCAGCUAAGCAUGGACACACAGAGCUUGUUAGGUGCUUGUGCUUGGCUGGGUGCACAGUGGAGCAGAAGAGCCGAGAUGGAAUUCUGGCGGAGGUGUCUGCAAUGGCCCAAGGCUAUGAUGAUAUUGCAGAUCUGCUAAACAAACUCAGAGGGGAACAACAGCGGGAGGAAUACAUCCAGCAGCUCAUUCCAAGUCCAUCCCCUAUUCAGCGGAUUAAGGUGAAGAUCCUUGGACACUCGGGCUCAGGGAAGAGUGCCCUUGUUGAGACACUUAAGACAGGAUACUUCUCUUCAUUUUUCCGAAGAAGCAAAAGCAAUGCAUCUACAACUUCUAUAGGGUCAGCUGGGAAGAGUACUUCUGCAAUGAAAGGCCAUUUUGAGAUGGAGUCCCCAGUGAGCUCACGGCAAAACUCUCUUACCUUUGAACCUUGUGAAAAUUACACAAGAGGAAUAGAUGUGCAACAAGUCAAUAUUUCAGGUGUAGGAGAACUGUCCUUAUGGGAAUUUUCUGGCCAUGAGGCAUAUUUCCCCGUGUAUGAUCAUUUCAUUGGUAACACUUCCUGUGUUCAUCUCAUUGUGUUCCCACUCAACCAACCCUUUGAUGUGCAGCUACAACAGUGUUCAUUUUGGAUGUCUUUCCUGCAAGCACGCAUUCCUCCUAUGGAACCCCUUAAUGUACGAGGGAAACCUAGUAAGGCAGCCAAGGUGGCCCUAAUUGGCACUCAUGCUGAUGUGGCCCAGUGUCAUCGUAAUGCCCAAGGGGAAUAUAUUGCUCCUCAAGUGCAUCUACUACAGGAAAAGCUGCUUGACCUCUUUGGUGAUGUGUUUGAGGUCCAUGAUACUGUGUAUGUGAUGGAUGCAACUGCACCUGGAUCAGCCGCCUGUCGUGCUCUCAAACAGUAUCUUGCAGAUUGUAAGGCCAAGGUCACUCAGGGCUGGAGUGGAGCCAGUGUGGCGUAUGCUGUUGGGGCAGCUGUUAGCGGUGACGGGUAUACGAUCCUGCAGCCUGAUGCGUGCUACAUUAUUUCCUAUGGCAUAGUUAAUUGUAAGUAUAUGAUUAAAUCUUUCUUGGCCAUUCCUGGGGAGAGUCCAGAGUCUGGAGGACCUUUUAUUGAGUGGUAUGAGUAUCUGCUAGAUUUUCUAUGUUUAACCCAAUACUGCCGAGGAUUGCAUGUACAGCUAAGAAGAUCCUGGCAAGAAUACCCAGAGCGAGACACAGACUUGUACCAAUGGUGUGGAGGGUCGAAGUUCUGUUCUGGACCCCUAGAAGCUCUUCUUACUCUGGAGGAAGGAGGCGAGGCAGUUGAGGUUAAGGUCAGGGGUCCACCGGAGGCAGGCCAUGUAGCCUUCUUCUUCAUGGAGGACCUUUUAGCCAUGAUUGAUCAGGUGCUAGUUGAGAUGUGUCCAGGGCUGGUUUUGGAGAAGCAUGUCCUCAGUGCUGAACAGUUGAGCUCUCAUGCUUCGACAGUGUAUGCUUGGCCGCCAGCUGACAUAUAUACUGCCUUGCUCAGUGGAGGAGUCCGUGCUUCACUCCAGAAUCCGCUCACUGACAAGGAGGAGUCAUUCACCCAACUUGUUUGCUUUGGAUCACAGGAAACAUACACUUCUCAACUUAUACAAGUUACACCCCACCAAAACUGUUCUGUUGUGUCAAGCAUUGUGGUGGGUGGUGAGGUACACAUCUCCAGCCUGUGCACGGUGACUGUCCAGCGUUUGGCUGCGCUCAUGGACCCUGCACAUCCUCGAGGCUCUGACUGGUGUGUUCUUGCUGUCAAAUUGGGUUUGCAACAGAUGUUGCCAUCCCUUGAUAGCCAGAGUGGUUCUGCCCAGCAUUCCUCAACAGCAACUCUGUUACAUUCUUGGGGACAGUCAACUACUGCUACUUUAGGCACUCUAGUGAAGGAGCUUAGAGGGAUGGAGCGUGAAGAUGCAGCUGUAGCAGUUAUGUGUGGCGCCCCCCUGUACCAGCUAGCUCCCCCUGAUGAGGACACGACGUCAGACUCGCCGCCUAUUUCUUCCACCUCAGCUACCUCCACUUCCAAUCUCUCCAGAUGAGCACGGACACCACAGGAGUCAUAAGGGUUAAAUUGGUUCCAGAUCAGGAUUGGAGAAUGUCGAUAAUGUGUAAUUUCAACGGCUAAAGAGUUACUUCCCCAAAACUAGUAAACAAUUAAUUGUACACAAAACAAAUGGAUUUUUGAAUGUCUUGUGAUAUUUACAUUUCCUGUCGUGCAUAAUGUUUUACAUAGUGUUAAUUAGCUUUCCCCUAAGCUUCCCCCUUACCCCAAGGCUCCUGUGUUUUUAAUGCUAUCAGCACAAAUAUAUAAUAGGUAGUAGAAUGACCUUUAAUGCAAGUCAAGUACCGGUAACUAAGAAUAAGUUGAUAAGAAACUUGCAUCAACUUGAAUAAUAAAAUGCUAGUUUUCCUUCAAAACCUUUUCUUGAUUUUGUUGUGAUAGUCACAUCUUUGAUAACUGAUAAACUCAUGCUAAAGUCUUAUAAAAGUGCCAAGUCACCAUUAUGAUAUGUGAUCAUGGCUACAUACCUUUAUGACAGGCUUAGAACUAAACAUUUUUCUUCCUCUCAAAAAUUGUAGUUUGGUGUUCUAACUUCAUGUGAUAAUGUAUUUUGUAGGUUAUGAUACUCCUAAAAUCACAGGAUCUGCCCUUCUUUUGAUGAGGUGUUGAUGAGAUAAAAUAUUCAGGUGAAAUUGACUUAGUCAUGUAGAGCUCCUGUAACACAUUCACUCUACAUUUUACUUCAUAUUGUGUAGCAUUUGUUGUAAGAUAGAAAUCACCAUUUGUGCUAUAUAAAGCUGUGAAUGCUUUAGUCUUAAUUGUAGUAUUUGCAUGAGUCAAAGCAAAAUUUAAUUUAUAUAUUCUUUUUGUAUGAAAUGCUUGAAGUUUUUUUUUUAUGAAUAAAUGGAAAUGAAUUGCUUUGUUAUACAGAGGUAGGAUAUAUGCCACUUUGGAUGUCAUUCCAAUGUAUUAUUAAGUUUUAUGUUUUAGAUUGUUGUUAUUGGUGUAGGUGCAUUUAAUUACACCCUUAAAUAAGAAAACACUGGAAACCCUUGAUAGUUGGCCAGCAUAGCCUUACCAGUCUUGCACAAAGCUACUAGUAUUACUAUGUAGUUGCUUUUUAUAUGGACCCUAGUGGCUGGCUGCUAGUCCUCUGCCAACCCUUUCUUGGGAAUGAUAUGCAGUGUUGUUGGAAAUAGUCAGGAUCCCUCUUUCCCCAAAGGUCCAAUGCCCUUUCUGCCUGGAUGAUAUCUCAGAUUACUACUAACAAUAAUGUAGGAAGUUCCUACUAUGGAACUGUUAAUACUGAGGAAUUAUUAAAUUUUUUAUAUGUGAUAGGUCCGAAAAUCAGAAGAUUAAAGAAAUAAUCCCUAUGAUUGAUUAGCAGAACAGAAUCAAACUCUUUAUUCAUACAUAUUUGAUGAGUAGGUAGGAUAAUUAGCAAAAUGGUAAUCAGGAUACAGAACAGUAGUAAUAUUAGGAAAUAUAGGAGGUACAUGUAUUGAAGUUUGUGAAGGAAUAUCAGAAAUCAAGAUUUUUAUUUUCCUUUGUUUUUUUCUCAUACUGAUGGCAAUUUUUCUUCUUUUACUAGCAAUGAUUUAAAGUGUAUAGCAGUUUACUCCUUUGUUCUCUGGAGCAAAACCUUUUUGGCUGUGUAUAAAGUAUGCUCAUGUCUUUUUGUUAAUAAUUUCCACUCUAUUUUUAUUGAUUAGAUUAUGUUCAUUAUGUCUGAAAUCACUAGUUUAAAAGGUACUCUCCAAUUUAUUCUUAAAAAUUACAUGUUUUGAUUACUCAGAUUGUAUAUAUUAUCAUGUUCUCUGAUGCUGAGAAACCACAAGUAAGGUGGUGGUAUGUAAACACAACUCAAUUUGUUAAUGGAAACAUUAAGGUAGUUUUAAAUGUUUCAGUCUUUUUGAUUAUGCUUUUGAGUUUGUGUUUGUGGGUAGUUAUACCAUUGUUAUUGUUGAGCUGAAGUAUAUUAUUGCAUUGAAUAUUGUUUCAUGAAAAUGCAUUUGUAUAUUGUUUUAACACUGUAGAUAUUUGGGGCUAUGAUUACAAUAUUCUGUAAGUAGAUGUGUUAUAUCACAAAAAGUAACCAUAUAUCCUAGAUGAUAUUUGUAUGACUUUCAGAUCUUUAUUCUGUCAGAAAAAAAUGCAACAAAUAUAGGCAGAAUAUGCAGUUUUGGCACUGAUCAGUUUUCUAAUGCAACAAUAAUCUUCAUGUUCAGUUUUUUUCUUUGGAAAUUUAACGUUUUGUGAUAGACAAUUUUCACUUUUCAUUUAAUUUGGUAUGUGAUAUAGAUCAUACAAGAUUUUAAAUCAUAUGAUCAAAAUGAAAAAAGGAAGUAACUUAUGUAUGUAUAUUUUUUUCUCUUGAAUGACAAGCCUCAGAAAAAUGUACUUAAUGAUUGAAGUUGCUUGGAAAAGGGUGAAUGUGAGCUUUGUUUUGAGAGACAAAGGGCACUUUACAUGCCUAAGAUGAGGAUGCUACAUUUCCUUGUGAUAUUUUAUGUUUUUUUAAAAGUACUUGCAUCUGGUUUUCCUUGUGCCCAAAAAACAGUUUGGGAAAAGUCACUAACACCAUUUCCCUUUGAGUUUUUUUUUUUAUUAUUAUUAUUAUUUUUUAUUUUGGUAACUUUAGGUGUAAUACUGUGGUAAAAAGGCUGUUGCUUUUAAAGUGCUGUGAGAAUCUGACUAAGAUUUAAGUGUGAAUCAAAAUCACAUGAUGGAUGCUGUAGAAUAAUCAUAUCAAAAAGUAUUAGUUUCCAUUGCUUGUUGACAUUCCAUUAUAUUAGAGUGGUGCGGUUGUCUCUUCAUAGUUGCGUGUGUGGGUGCCAUAUGCACAUAUUUAUUGCUUUUAUACACAUACAUAUUAAAAGAAAAUUUAAGCA